GUGCAUCUGCUCUGUUAUAUAGCUCAUUUACGUGUGUGGAUGCGUUCUUUGGUUCGUAGUGAAUUUCUGUCUGCACAGUGCUUAUCGUUGAUCCCGGAGGGUUAUGUGCAGUCAGCACAAUUGUCAUUUGAUACAGCAUCGGUCGAGCGAUUCAUGAAGUGGUUCCAUUCGGCAUUCGUUCGUAAAGACUUGACCAUUUAUUUGACAAGAAGUGGAUUCUGCGACGCACAGGUUGAACGACUCGGAAUGUUGAUCAGCGAUAAGGUCUACGAAACGCCGAAAGAUAUUGCUUCAAUACUGGUUCUGUGUUUACUUGCACUGAAACAGUCUGUUCGCUUGUGUCUUUCAUGUUAUCCCGUUUCACAUAAACCGGAUCUUAAAAGUUUGGCAAAAUCGGAUGAAAAAAAGGAAAAUGAAGCAUCAUCGAGUAAAGUUGGUUCUUCAAAGACAUCGAAACGAAUUGUGAAAGAAUCGACGAAAGACAACGCAACAAGUGCAGAAUUGAAUGAAAGUGCGAGUGAGGUGGAUUGGACGCCGAAGAGUAAACGUCAAAAAGGAGAGGAGCAGAAGAAGAAAUUCAAGAAGGCGGUCAAUAGUUCAGUGAAGGGGAUCACCGUCAAUUCUAAGAAGAAGAUGCCUACGAAGAAGGUCAAUUUGGGGCGUAAUUAUUGGGUGGAAUAUUGGGAUGAAAUAUCCGAAGAGUGGAUUUGCAUAGAUCCGAUGAAAGGCACAAUUGAUAUGGCUGAACUGAUCGAAUCAGAUGCCACAUCACCGAUGCAUUACGUGAUCGCGAUUGAUAAUGAAUUAUCUAUUUGUAUUGACAGUAAAUAUGACUGCAUAGAGUUUGGUAUGCGAGAUGUAACGGCGCGAUAUGCAUCCAAGUAUCUUUCGAGUGAAGUGAGACGAUUGAGGAUCGAUGAGGAGUGGUGGAAAUCAUCACUUAUGGUAUUAGUCAAUUGA